AUGGCCACCUCCACCGCCAAAGCCUCCUCUUCCGCUGCCGCUGCCUCAUCUGCUGCCGUCUCUGCCGCUGCCCCCGGCUCCAACCCCAAGAAGGUCGAUGGUACCACCUGGACCCUGAACAACGUCGUCCGCUACUGCGCCGACGGCAGCUCCACCUGUGACUACAACUUCGACAUCGUUGCCAACGGCAAGACCGAGCACUGCACUAUUGUCAACGCCUCCAAGCAAUCCUUCUCCAACCAGAAGUGUGCUAACGGUGAUUACACCGUUUCUUGGGGCUAUGUUGCUAACCCUGCUCCUGCCUUUGCUGUUAUCACUGUUGUUGAUGCUAAGAACGAGUUGGCUUGGUUCGGUGCCAGCAAUGUUGACAGCCAGCGCCAGUGGGGAAACCUUGGUCCUGAGCAGGUUUACACUUACAACUAA